UACCCCCCGUUUUGUAUGUAUAAUGUAAGCACAUGUUUGCAAGCCCUAUAUAAUUUGUCUCCAAGCUGUUCCAUUCCUUCCUUAAACAACGUAUCACUGCAGAGAGAUAAGAAGAGAGAGAGGAUUUCUCAUUUCUGCAGCCAAGAAAAAUCCACCCACCAAAAUUCAUUGGGCCUCUCAACUCCCAAAACCAAAACCCACAUUUUUCAAAUUUGAAUGCCCUCUCUUAACUCUCUCUUGGCGCCCGCAUCUCUCUCUCUUUGACUGCCUCGGCGUCCCCAAUUUCCCAAAACCUCAUUUGACCAUCUCCUUCUCUCCUUUAUACCCUCUCCCUCUCUCACUCAUUUCAUCAAACACUUUCCGUUCCCCCCAAAUCAUGACCACCUCCACGCACGACCCCAUUUCCCUCAAGGUCAGUUUUCACGACCUAACCAUCCACAACAGCCCCAGCAUUGACUUCUGCAGCAGCACCGACGACACCAGCUCCAGCAAAAUCAGCGACGGCGUAUGCUUCGUCGACAAGCAGAUUGACGUCAAGAACGAUUCUUUGGUCAAUGCCGAUGAGAGUGAGAUGAGCAGCAGCUUGAGCUCCGUCAACGGCGGCGACGCCAACGAGGCCAGCUCCAGGAGCCUCUGCCCUUCGAAGCCGCACAUGGCUAAUGACAGGAGGUGGGAUGCGAUUCAGUGCGUGCAGGCUAAAGAUGGGGAGCUGGGAUUAGGGCAUUUUAGGCUGAUGAAGAAAUUGGGAUUUGGGGAUAUUGGGAGCGUUUAUCUGGCCGAGCUGAGGAGCGCUGGGUGCCUCUUUGCUAUGAAAGUGAUGGAUAAAGGGAUGCUUGUGAGUAGGAAGAAAGUGGCCAGGGCUCAAACGGAGAGGGACAUUCUUGGUUUGUUGGAUCACCCUUUUCUUCCUACUCUGUAUUCCCAUUUUGAAACGGACAAGUUCUCGUGCUUGCUCAUGGAGUUCUGCAGCGGCGGCGACCUGCAUUUGCUCCGCCAGCGACAGCCCGGGAAGCAUUUCGACGAGCAAGCUGCAAGAUUCUAUGCUUCGGAAGUGUUGCUUGCGCUUGAGUAUCUUCAUAUGAUGGGAGUCGUCUAUCGAGACUUGAAGCCCGAAAACGUUCUAGUCCGGGAUGACGGCCACAUCAUGUUAUCCGAUUUUGAUCUGUCGUUGAGAUGCUAUGUGAACCCGACUCUUCUCACGUCUGGUGAUGGCGCAUCUUGUAUGAUCUCCUCGUAUUGCAUCCAGCCGUCCUGCAUUGACCCGGCCUGCAAACUGCCCGUUUGUGUCGAGCCCUCUUGCUUCCAGCCGUCUUGCUUCAAGCCCCGCCUUUUCACCUCAAAAUCAACAAAACCAAGAGGUGAACGAACAGCAGCACGAACAAGAAUACCUCCAGUGAGCUCGGACUCCCUCCCAGUGCUCGUGGCAGAGCCAACUGGGGCCCGUUCCAUGUCCUUUGUCGGGACACACGAGUACCUAGCCCCUGAGAUCGUCAGAGGAGACGGCCAUGGCAGCGCUGUUGACUGGUGGACGUUUGGGAUUUUCUUAUACGAGCUCCUCCACGGGAAGACUCCAUUUAAAGGAAAUGGCAACAGGGAAACUCUGUUCAACGUCGUGGGGCAGCCGUUGAAGUUCCCGGAAGGCUCAUCGAUCAGCUUUGCUGCGAAGGAUCUGAUCCGAGGCCUGCUUGCAAAGGACCCGCAAAAGAGACUAGGGUCCAAAAGAGGAGCCACAGAGAUAAAGCAGCACCCUUUCUUCGAAAGUGUGAAUUGGGCGCUUAUCCGUGGCACGACGCCUCCUCAGAUCCCCAAGCCGUUGGAUCUCGCCUCGCUCAACCAGACGUUGAAGUCGUCGUUGCUGUCGUCUAACAAGAGUGCUACUGAUUCAGAAAGGUCAUCUGGCCCUUAUUUAGACUUUGAAUUCUUCUGAAAAAACACUCCAAACUGUUGUAGUAUUAUGUAACUUUGUGCUUGAUUUCUAGUCUAAUUUUAGCAAUUCUUUUUUCAUAA